GAGGAGGACUUGUCGCGCGCGCACACACACACACACACACACACACACACACACAGCCGGGGAAUCAUGGCGGCGGAGAUCCACUCGAGGCCCCAGAACUCCAGACCAGUUCUGCUCAACAAGAUCGAGGGCCACAGCGACGGCGUGAACGCGGCGGUGCUGAUCCCGAAGGAGGAUGGAGUUAUCACGGUCAGCGAGGACAGGACGAUUCGAGUUUGGCUGAAGCGGGACAGUGGACAGUACUGGCCCAGCAUCUACCACACGGUGUCCUCUCCGUGCUCCUGUGUGUCAUAUCACCAUGAGAGCAGGCGGAUCUUCAUCGGCCAGGACAAUGGGGCUGUUGUGGAGUUCCUCAUCUCAGAAGACUUCAACAAAAUGAACCAUGUCAAAACAUACCCAGCUCAUCAGAACCGUGUGUCGGACCUCAUCUUCUCUCUGGAGAGUCAGUGGGUGAUCAGUACAGGUCAUGAUAAAAGCAUCAGCUGGAUGAGCACUCACAGCGGCUCUAUGCUGGGACGCCACAGCUUCGGCUCAUGGGCUUCCUGUUUACAAUAUGAUAAGGAUACCCAGCAUGCCUUUGUGGGAGAUAGUUCAGGUCAGAUCACUCUGCUGAAGCUGGACGAACAGACGUGUUCUGUCAUUACUACACUAAAGGGACAUGAAGGUAAGACAGCAUACACGUUUACUAUUUAUGUGCUAUCAUACUAUUCACGUUACUCUAUGUAUAUAAAGCCUGAUUGGAAAGCUGAAAUUGUUUUAGUAUUUUGCCAUAAUCUUUUUGAGAAGGUCCAGGCGCUGCGGUAUCUGCCGUUGACCCAUCAGCUGGUGUCCUGCUCUUCCGAUGGAGGAAUAACAGUGUGGAACAUGGAGACAUCACGAGAAGAGGCUCCGCAGUGGCUGGACAGCGAUUCCUGUCAGAAAUGCGGACAGCCAUUUUUUUGGAAUAUAAAGCAGAUGUGGGACACUAAGACCUUGGGGCUCCGACAGCAUCACUGCAGGAAGUGUGGUAAGGCGAUCUGUGGGAAGUGUAGUUCUAAACGCUCCACAUACCCCAUCAUGGGCUUUGAGUUCCAGGUGCGCAUGUGUGAUGACUGCUACGACACAAUCAAAGAGGAAGAUCGGACUCCUCUGGCUACGUUUCAUGAAGGGAAGCACAGCAUUGCUCACAUGGACAUGGACCCGAGCCGAGGACUGAUGGUCACCUGUGGGAGUGAUCGAGUUGUUAAGAUCUGGGACAUGACGCAGGUGGUGGGCAGCAGUGUAGCGGCGGGAUUCUCUCCUCGCUGAUUGGCUGUUUCUGAAGGCCCACACUCCGCCAACAGAGAUCAUGGAAACGCUCACCUACCUGUCUAGCUCUCUCGUCCUUCAGCUGUGGAGUCUGUGCAAAACGGACACUUCAACGCGGUUUAUGUGAAUGUGUGUGUCGUUGGGAUGCUCCUUGAUUUUAUGAAUCAGACGUUCAUGUCUCUUAUGAGGUAUGAUGACCUGGAUUUAAGCAAACAUGAACUCAAGGUACUUCUGAAAGCACAAUAUUUGUGCUCUUUCUGUGUGUUUGUGUGUAUAUGGCGCUUUGUCACAGACUGAAG